UUAGCCGUGGGGAAAGAUGGCGGAAAAUUUAAAAGGUGAAGCAGUGGCGGCAGCGACGCGGGCCCGCUGGCAGGCUGGGUGGGCUGGAGGGGUGGCGUCGCGGACUCGGGGCCCCCGGCGUCCGAGGCCACCGGGCCGGGAGCCGGAAGGCUGCAGUGUGUGUUGCAAAUCUUCUUGGAAUCAGCUACAGGACCUGUGCCGCCUGGCCAAGCUCUCCUGCCCUGCCCUUGGCAUCUCCAAGAGGAACCUCUAUGACUUUGAAGUCGAGUACCUGUGCGAUUACAAAAAGAUCCGCGAACAGGAGUAUUACCUGGUAAAAUGGCGUGGGUACCCAGACUCCGAGAGCACUUGGGAACCACGGCAGAAUCUCAAGUGUGUGCGCAUUCUCAAGCAGUUCCACAAGGACUUGGAAAGGGAGCUGCUCCGGCGGCACCACCGGUCAAAGCCACCCCGGCACCUGGACCCAAGCCUGGCCAACUACCUGGUGCAGAAGGCCAAGCAGAGGCGGGCACUCCGGCGCUGGGAGCAGGAGCUCAAUGCCAAGCGCAGCCACCUGGGACGCAUCACCGUGGAGAACGAAGUGGACCUGGAUGGCCCCCCACGGGCCUUCGUGUACAUCAACGAGUACCGUGUUGGUGAGGGCAUCACCCUCAACCAGGUGGCUGUGGGCUGCGAGUGCCAGGACUGUCUGUGGGCACCGGCCGGAGGCUGCUGCCCUGGGGCGUCACUGCACAAGUUUGCCUACAAUGACCAGGGCCAGGUGCGCCUGCGAGCCGGGCUGCCCAUCUAUGAGUGCAACUCCCGCUGCCGCUGUGGCUAUGACUGCCCCAACCGCGUGGUACAGAAGGGCAUCCGCUACGACCUCUGCAUCUUCCGCACGGAUGAUGGACGUGGCUGGGGUGUCCGCACGCUGGAGAAGAUCCGCAAGAACAGUUUCGUCAUGGAGUACGUGGGCGAGAUCAUUACCUCAGAGGAGGCAGAGCGGCGGGGCCAGAUCUAUGACCGCCAGGGUGCCACCUACCUCUUCGACCUGGACUACGUGGAGGAUGUGUACACUGUGGACGCCGCCUAUUACGGCAACAUCUCCCACUUUGUCAACCACAGUUGUGACCCCAACCUCCAGGUGUACAACGUCUUCAUAGACAACCUUGAUGAGCGGCUGCCCCGCAUUGCUUUCUUUGCCACCAGAACCAUCCGGGCAGGCGAGGAGCUCACCUUUGAUUACAACAUGCAAGUGGACCCCGUGGACAUGGAGAGCACACGCAUGGACUCCAACUUUGGCCUGGCUGGGCUCCCCGGCUCUCCCAAGAAGCGGGUCCGCAUCGAAUGCAAGUGUGGGACUGAAUCCUGCCGCAAAUACCUCUUCUAGCCCCGUGAAGUCUGAGGCCAGACUGACCAAGGGAGGCUAAAAAGCUGCCCACCCCACCCACCCACUGCUGCCCUCCUGUUGAAGAACAACUGCCAGGGCCUCCUGCCUGCCUCCGCCUGCCCCCUGCUCAGGGCUGCAUGGCCAUGGGGAGGAUGGACUCCAGGAGUCCCCUCUCCCUGUCCCAGCCCCAUCCAUGGGUUGCACUUACAAACCCCUGCCCACCUUCAGAAGUGAUUUUUCAACACCAGGACUUUCUGCAGUUGGGAUUCAUGGCCUAGCAAGGCAGCCCGAGGGCUGAGCCCCAGCCCGUACCCAAAGUAGAAACGUUUGUUUUUGCACCUGCUUCUGGCCAGAGCUUGAAGGGUCUGCUGCAGGCCCUCUCCCUGCUGCCCCAAGGGUGUGAGGAAGCAUUCCCAGGACAGGCUGACCCCAGAGCCCAGGAUUCCCAGUCCAUUUGCCUCCCCUGCCACAGAAAUGUGCUAGUGAAAGGGGGGGUCUUCAAGGGCUGCAGGCUGUGGCUGGGUCCUGCUCAUGCUUGCAUGCUGGCUGGUGUUGGCCUGACAGCUGUAGGGUCUCCUUUUCAAAGCUGUGCCUCUGAGAAGCAGACACCCACAUGCCACUAGAGGAGAGUGGAUGCCCACGGCCUGUUGGCCAGUGAGAGGCAGUCCAGACUUUGUCCUUAAGGUGGGCAACCCACUCCAGUAUUCUUGCCUGGAAAAUCCCAUGGACGGAGGAACCUGGUAGGCUACAGUCCAUGGGGUCACAAAGAGUUGGACAUGACUGAGUGACUUCACUUCACUAAGGUGGGCUGGGACUCAGCUCUGCCUUUGCAACAGCUAGAAGGUGCCCAGGGCUCUUGAGCUCAAAGGAUGCUGGGAGCCCUUAACCUGCGGCGUGAGGACUGCUGAUAGCACCCAGAGCUGGGCCCAAGACCUAGCUAGGCUGUAGACAGCACUUAGACAAAACGUGCAUGGAUGGGGGGGUGCUGAGGAGGUGCCAGGCACUGGGCUGAGCACCUGGUCCACGUGGAUCGUCUCAGGGAAGCCUUGAAAACUAUGGAGGUGGAUCCCAGGAAAGGGCCCGUGUGGCAGAAGGCAAAAGCACAGACCAAGAAUGGGGUGGGGCUGGCUUACCCACCAGGGUGUGGCGAGGUGAGGGGAAGCCCCUGCCGCCUCCUAGCCCUCCAGCCCUUGCACUCACCUUGGGUCCUCUGGUCUCAGUUCCCUGCCCACAAAUGUAUAAAAGGUGAAGGCGCUGAUGGCUGCCUCGUCCCUUGCUUCCCCUGUGAGGUCUUCUCUAGGAAGCCUUCCUUCCCUGACUACCUGUGCGCAGUGUCCCCACGUGAGACUGUGUGCCCUGCCAGCAGAUGCCAGAUCUGUGUGUCUGUUUUUGUGUCUCUCUGUGUGUCUGUGCUCCCCACCCCCAGACUGACCUUCAGGCUUGGACUGAAUCUGAUUCUCCUCUUGUAUAUCCCCUUGGCCCUCCCAGUCUGGGAAUGGGCGUAAAUAAAACAGGUUAUUGACUGAAAAAAACCAAGGUGUGGGGAUUGAAGACCUUGUGUAGGUGGGGGUUGGGGAGAUGAGAGGCUGGGAGCAGGGGUGCCCAGGAAUGCAGUCCUCCAACCUCAGCCAUUUAACAUUCCCUGCAGUGUACCACUUGCACCACCGUCUGCAUACAUGCUGACCUAAGAUAAGCUUGCUUUAUACUUAAAUGUUAUCAUACACUGGACAAGCAAACUAAAUCCAUUG